GGUAUUUACAAAUAUAAAAGUUCGUUACUAUUCUAUGUGUACUGCUGCGAUCUUUAUAUUUAUUUUAGUUUAGCCCGAUUUAGUAUCUCAAAUGAUAGCUAUUCUUUCAUGCAGAGUAAUUGGAGAUUCUAGUUAUAUACUUUAUAAUGUAACUUAUGAAUGUAACACUAAUCAGCAUUAGAGAUAUAGUUCUACCUUAGUGGCUCCUUGCUUAUUAGUGUUUGCUUUUAUUAUACCUAUUGGACUUUUUUAUAUACUAUACAGAAAUAAAAAUGACUUGCAAAACAUUUAAAUAUAUAAGAAAUAUGGUUUUUUAUACAAAGAGUAUAAAAUCCAAAAAUAUUAUUGGGAAUUCGUGAAAAUGUUAGAAAAAAUUUUAAUCAUUAUUGUUCUUAAUUUCUAUUCCUAAGAUAUUAAUGUUAAAGGAGUGCUAAUUUUUAUAGUAGUUUCUCUCUAUGGGAUAGCAUCUAGUGUUUUAUAACCAUAUCGUUUGAGCGGGUACAAUACAGUUGAUUUCUAUCAAACAAACGUGUGUGCAGUUUCUGUAUUAUUUUGUUUAUUCAUUAGCAACAAUCCCUUCAAUUAUUAU